AUGUUUUUGUUAGAAGAUUGGAAAAUAGCUGACAGAGUGCCAUCGGGAGGUCCGAUGAAUCCUCCAAGUAUACCUACAAUUAGUAUGGCUGCUGAUGAAGAAGGUAGUUUGAGUGUUGAAAAAAAAGAAGUGGAAGGUAAAGGCUGUAGACAGAAGCGCCCGGCCCAGACAUUAUUAAGUCCAUUUACUGAUCCUUUGAGGAAGAAGAGGACAAUGAGUGUGUCGGAUGCGACUGCAACCCCGCCAUGUUUUGAUCCAUCAAAACCGCUGCCCAUUGAAGAUGUGAAGGCAGUAAUAGAUUUUUGCACUGCCUGGAAAAACGAUAUCAGGUGCAGCUUGAAGCAUUUUCAGUGGGCGCUGAUUUUUUCUACAAACUCAUCGAUGAAACGGCAUGGAUUAGCUCAAGGCACCUGGAAAUGGCAACCCUUUCUUAUCCGGAAACGGCAACUCUCUCAUCCGUUGCUAUUUGGAACCGACUGGACAACGGCAGAUUAUGCCUUGCAGCAAUUUCUAGAGCCGUUAAAAGCGACUGGCAAGACACGUGGAUCGAAGAAGGCAGCAGCUUCAAACACCAGUGACCUUCCAGCCAACAAGCUGAAGAAUGUACAUCACUUUGUGCACGAGUCCCAUUGGGUUGCAAUCGAAAUUGAUUUCGUCCGACAUACUGCAACUGUGUAUGACUCAUAUGUUGAAUAUACCAAAUCUUCGAAGCUGGUUACACUUCUGCAACCUGUUAGCGAUACGCUUGCACGAGUGCUGUACAAUAUGAAGUUUUAUGAAGAUUCUGAGGUUGAAGAGGUGAAGCAAAAGGGGCUGCAGAUGUCGAGGUUUACGCCUUUCUCAGUUUGCAUCAUUGGAGGUGUGCCACAACAACGAGAUGGUUGUAAUUUCCCAACUUAUUGGCCUCACAGUACGUCUUGCGGAAUCAUGACCGUUCAAUUCAUCGAGCAUCUCAGUGCGGGCUUUCGUGCAUAA